CGACGUCUUGGCUAACGAGUCGGUGGCCUGUCUGAACCGGGCGCUGAGCCACCUGCGGGAGAUCUGGGAGGAGAUCGGGAUUCCCGAAGAUCAGCGCCUCCAGCGCACCGAGGUGGUGAAGAAACACGUCAAGGGCCUGCUGGAGAUGAUGAUAGCAGAGGAGGAGAACCUCAAGGAGCGCCUCCUGCAGAGCAUCGCCCUGUGUCGCAAGGAGCUGGCCGUCCUCUGUCGGGAACUGCAGCUGCCUCCUUUUCAGGAGGAUGAGGAGAGCACUAUCCUGCAGCUGGAGAAAGAUCUGCGCACCAGAGUGGAAGUUAUGCUCAAGCAGAAGCGGGAGAGGAAGCAGGAGCUGAAAGGGCUGCAGGAUCGGGACCAGGACCUGUGCGAUCUCCUGUGCGAGGCCCCGUAUGCCAUUGACAGCGAGGCCGUGCCCAGCCUGGCCCAGCUGGAUGCCUUUCGGCGCCACUUGGCAGCCCGGACGGCAGAGAAGGAACGCCGGCACAUGCAGUUCCUUGACACAAAGCAGCAGAUUGUGCAUUGCAUGGAGGAGCUGGAGCGCAGUCCGGACACAAGCUUUGAGAGGGAUGUGGUCUGCGAGGAUGAGGAGGCUUUCUGCCUCUCCACGGAGAACAUUGCUGCUCUGAAGAGUCUGCUGCAGCAGCUGGAGGAUGAGAGAGUUCGGAAGGAAGCUUCGUGUGAAGAGCUGCGUUCUAGAAUCCUGACGCUCUGGGAUCGACUGCAGGUGCCUGCAGAGGAGAGAGAGGCAUUUGCCCCCAACAUGGUGGGAUCCACAGCCAGAACCAUGAAAUCUCUACAGUCAGAAGUGGAUCGUUUGGAGGAGCUGAAGCUCCAGAACCUACGGAACGUGAUUGAGGCUGUCCGGGCUGAGUUGGCGGAUUUCUGGGACAAGUGUUUCUAUGGUGAGGAGCAGAAGCGCUCCUUCAGCCCCUACUAUCAGGAUGACUUCAAUGAAAAUCUCCUUCGGGAACAUGAUGAUGAAGCCGAGCGGAUCAAGCAGUAUUAUGAGCAGCACCGAGAGCUGUUUGAAGCAAUUCACAAAUGGGAAGAGAACUGGCACCUCUUUCAGGAGCUUGAA